AUGUAUUCUCAGCGGCACGAGUCCUCCAGCCGGACCUUCUCCAAGGGCAGCUUUUCCAAGGGCCACAAGGUGUCCAAGUCCAGCUCUCCCUUUAGCAAGGACAGUGGCAUAUCGAAGAGACGCCAUGAGUCUCGCCAUCGAAGAGCAGCUACAUCCUGCUCUGCUGCCCUAGGCGAGGACACCAUCAUGACUAGCAGCCUGAACUCUUCCAUCGUGACCCUCGUUGUCGGUGCCGAGCAGCGCCUUUUUGCAGCCCAUGAAAACGUCCUCGCCGCGAGCCCCUUCUUCGACAACGCCAUGCGAAACCUCUACACCGAUGCCGCUGCGAAGAGAAUUUCGCUUCCAGACGAAGAGCCCGAGAUCUUCAGCUCAGUGCUGGAGUUCAUGUACAAGGGAGACUACUAUCCUCGUCUAGUGCACAACAAACGGCGGGACUCGUGGGAACUGGAACCCAUUGCCAACAGCGAUGACAAGAGGGCGGCCGCGGAGAGCACAGUCUACCAUCACGGCGUUGACGGGGAUCUCCUCAAGGACACCGUCAUCUACUGUGCUGCCGAACGAUAUGGCCUUGACGAACUGAAGAAGCUGGCUCUUCGCAAACAGGGACUCCAGUCAGGCAUCCAGUGCAGCACCAUCUUGGCCUCGGCCAGAUACGCAUACGCCAACACCCCCGACAACGACUCCAAGCUGCGAGCGCACUACUUGGCUCUCAUCAUCCGCUCCCGUAGCACCUUUAAGCGAAGCGGCACGAUGCAGCUCGAGAUGUUCAACGGAGGCACCCCGCUCUUCUUUGACCUGUUUGUCGCUCUGUGCAAUCACGUCGACGAUAUUUCGUCUUCGCAGUAG